AGAAAGAAACAAAAGCUUAAAAUCAUAAUUUUCCUUUCUUUACCUGCGAUCUUGUUUUAGAGGAAGGAGCUUGAGGAGGAAGAGGAAAGAGACGAGACAUGGGAGAGCGAAAGGUGCUUAAUAAGUAUUACCCGCCGGACUUCGAUCCGUCGAAGCUUCCCAGGCUCAGGCGACCGAAGAACCAGCAGAUCAAGGUGCGGAUGAUGCUUCCCAUGAGCGUCCGAUGCAACACCUGCGGAAACUAUAUCUACAUGGGAACCAAGUUCAAUUCGCGUAAAGAAGACGUCGUUGGCGAGACGUAUCUAGGGAUUCAAAUCUUUAGGUUUUACUUCAAGUGCACCAAGUGCUCUGCGGAGCUGACAAUGAAGACGGAUCCACAGAACUCUGAUUAUAUUGUGGAAUCUGGGGCAAGUCGUAACUAUGAACCCUGGCGUGCUGAAGACGAGGCGGUUGAUAAGGAACAACAGAAAAGAGAUGCUGAGGAGAUGGGGGACGCUAUGAAGUCUUUGGAGAAUAGGACUUUGGAUUCUAAAAGAGAGAUGGAUAUUAUAGCCGCACUUGAUGAGAUGAAAUCAAUGAAGUCUAGACAUGCUACUGUGAGCGUGGAUGCGAUGCUGGAGGCCUUGCAAAGAACAGGCGCUGAGAAGGUCAAACGUAUAGAAGAAGAAGAUGAAGCAGUUAUAAAGUCGAUAUUUGGUAAACAGAAAGAAGUUGUUAGGAGAAUUGCAGAUGAAGACGAUGAGGAUGAUGAUGAUGAUGAUGAUUAUCCCAGCCUUCAGAAGGAGAAGAAAGAAGGAUCAUCUUCAGAUCUUUCAAAGAAGAGAAAGGCAUCAGAAGAAAGUCCAAGCAACCCCACAGAUAUUCUGACUAGUUCAUCUGCAGAUAACCCGAAGGAGCCCAAGAAACGAGCUACCAGCAAGCAACCCUUCAAAGCCGUUCACAUAAAAGUCAUCAAGAAGCAAUCUCAGCCAGCUUCUUCGACGACUCCUGCUCCUGCAAAACCCGAGGAGAAGAAGACUGACGUUGUGGCUAACGCCGGAUUAGCUUCUUUAUUCCAGAACUAUGGCAGUGAUGAAGACGAGGAUUGAUUUUUAUUUUCGGUUGCCAACAGGUUUCGCACUCUCAAAGUUCUAUAUCACUGUUUUAGAAUUGAAUCCAUCCAUGUGCUAUAUUAUAACUGAGUUGAUAGUACGAUCGAUCAUACGAUGCAUAUUUCUUGAGUGUUCAUAAAAUUAUUUUACAGACAA